AUUUUACUUCUGUGCAGUCUCCUUCAGCUCGCCCUCCAACCGGUGACGCCUUUCUAGGCCGUGCAGCGUGAGAAAUAUCCCUUAGAAGUGGUUUUGGUUUACCGCUGGUCCAAUCUUUUACUGAUACAAUGGCUGUACCUCCCUCAUAUGUUGACCUGGGCAAGUCUGCCAAAGACAUCUUCAAUAAAGGCUAUGGAUUUGGCUUGGUGAAGCUUGAUGUUAAGACAAAGUCAGCCAGUGGAGUGGAAUUCAAAACCUCUGGUUCCUCCAACACUGAUACCAGCAAAGUUGCAGGCAGCCUGGAAACUAAAUACAAGAGGACAGAAUAUGGCCUGACCUUCACUGAGAAGUGGAAUACUGACAACACCUUGGGAACAGAAAUCACUAUUGAAGAUCAGAUCGCCAAGGGACUGAAGUUGACUUUUGACACAACCUUCUCACCGAACACUGGCAAAAAGAGUGGCAAAAUUAAGACGGCUUACAAGCGUGAGUACGUUAACGUGGGCUGUGAUGUGGACUUCGACUUUGCUGGCCCCACCAUCCAUGGAGCUGCUGUCGUCGGCUAUGAGGGGUGGCUAGCCGGUUACCAGAUGAGUUUUGACACUGCCAAAUCCAGGAUGACCCAGAACAACUUUGCCAUUGGUUACAAGACAGGAGACUUCCAGUUGCAUACCAAUGUCAAUGAUGGAGCUGAGUUUGGAGGCUCUAUCUACCAGAAGGUGAGUGACAAGCUGGAGACUGCAGUCAACCUGUCCUGGACUGCUGGCAGCAACAGCACACGCUUCGCUAUUGCAGCCAAAUACCAACUGGAUAAGGAUGCCUCCAUCAGUGCUAAAGUGAACAACAAUAGUCUUGUUGGUGUUGCAUACAGCCAGACCCUUAGACCAGGUGUGAAGCUCACCCUGUCUGGUUUGGUCGAUGGAAAGAACAUCAAUUCAGGUGGCCACAAGCUGGGUCUGGGCUUGGAACUGGAAGCCUAAAAUUUACUCAUGCUGCAUGGGACUAGGGAAUAUCAGAAGGAUCUGGCCUUAAAGUAUGUCCCACCGAAACCAGCAGGGGCAUGUCUUGGAGAUAGGUUCAAAGGCUGCGACAACAGACUCUUAAAUUGUUGAGUACCACUUCAAGUUGGUGCUUCUGUCACUGGUAUAUUUUACCCUUGUUGCUUUUUACUUUGUAGUUGCAUCCAUUCAGGAGACAGUUUAUGGCAUAUUAUUUAUAAAUUAUUUCAAUGUUCAUGUCCAGCACUGCCGUAAUAAUGAAAUACAGUCCCUUUGCCUGUCAUCAAAUCAGUGUGGCUUUAUUGUGAUAACCCCAGACAAUUUUUUUUUUUUAUUUUUUUUUUUUUUUUUGGGUGAGGAAAUUUGUCGACAGUUUUGUGAUGAACCUUGUCAUACCUUCUAAUUUUACAGUCCUGACCAUCUGAUAUUUCUUUGUCAUCUAAAGUUUUAGUUUACACUAGGCUUUUUCUUGCUAUUAUUUAAAUACUGCUGCUGCACCCUUCCCAAUCAUACACAAAAGGAAAAACUAAAGCUCUGCAAUUUUUUUAUUCUGCAUUGACCACCAGGGUUUGUGAUUUUCUGUUAAAGCUGCGCAUAUGAACUUCCCUUAAACUGGGCAGUUUUUGGGUUGCUCAGAGUUGGUUUGAUUAGAAACCUGUGCACUUUGCCAAUUGAGCAGUUUUUGUUGUAAUUACUGACAAUGUAAUAUUCAUAUUAAUGCCAAACUAUCACUGUCCAGAAGAGGUGUAACUUAAGGUUGCACGUGUGCACUCUCAAAAGUGCUUCCAUGUACUGGGUGCAUUUGGAGCCCACAGGAAGACUUUUAGGUCUUUGUGUAUGUAUAAAUUUUCAAUAAAGUCUUUGAACUCA